GGAGAGAGAUGGGUCAAAUUCAUUGGAUUCCUUGGCGCUGCUGCCAACUGGACCAUCCCUAUAGCUUCAAUGAUGAACUUGAAGAAUCCACCAGAGACAAUUGAUCCCAUUAUGACAUCAACUCUGGCAGCAUAUAGUUUAGUGUUCAUGCGAUGGUCCAUCGCUAUUAAGCCACCCAACUAUUGGUUGCUUGGAUGUCAUCUGGCCAAUGAAACAGCACAGUUGGCACAAUUGUCAAGAUAC